AUGGAUCCUUGGAUUACUGCAAAUAGUGAUUACACAAGGAUGGAAGUAAAACCAUUGCGAGGAAUGCUGUGCUUUGAUCGUACAAUUAAUGACAGCAAGCAACGGAGAUCUGUUGGAACCUCAGGAACCCCAGUUUGGUUCUACAUGCAGAUUGCACCCAUAAGAAAUGAAUAUGACAAGGUGGUUUUAUUUUUAUGCACUUUCAAAGACAUUACAGUAUUUAAACAACCCAUUGAAGAUGAAUCAACAAAAGGGUGGGCAAAAUUUGCUCGAUUGACAAGAGCGCUGACAAAUAGUCGAAGUGUUCUGCAACAAUUAACUCCGAUGAACAAGUCUGAUGGGGUCCACAAACAUUCACGUCUCGCAGAAGUUCUGCAGCUAGGAUCUGACAUUCUUCCUCAGUACAAACAGGAGGCUCCCAAGACUCCACCACACAUCAUUCUGCAUUACUGUGCAUUUAAAACGACCUGGGACUGGAUCAUCCUUAUUUUAACCUUCUACACUGCAAUUAUGGUUCCUUAUAAUGUGUCCUUCAGAACAAAACAGAACAAUAUUGCUUGGCUGGUGCUGGACAGUGUAGUUGAUGUGAUCUUCUUGGUGGAUAUUGUCUUAAAUUUCCACACUACAUUUGUGGGCCCUGGAGGUGAAGUUAUAUCCGAUCCAAAACUAAUCAGAAUGAACUACUUGAAAACCUGGUUUGUAAUUGACCUGCUGUCCUGUUUGCCAUAUGACAUCAUCAAUGCUUUUGAAAAUGUAGAUGAGGGUAUCAGCAGCCUGUUCAGUUCCCUGAAGGUUGUGCGUCUUUUAAGACUUGGCCGUGUUGCCAGGAAGCUGGACCAUUACCUCGAAUAUGGUGCUGCUGUGCUGGUACUACUGGUAUGCGUUUUUGGAUUAGUGGCUCAUUGGCUUGCCUGCAUUUGGUACAGUAUCGGGGAUUACGAGGUCAUCGAUGAAGUCACCAACAGAAUAAAAACAGACAGCUGGCUGUAUCAACUGGGUCUAAGUAUUGGAACACCCUACCAUUUCAAUGCCAGUGGCACUGGACAGUGGGAAGGGGGACCCACAAAGGAUUCACUGUACAUAUCUUCCCUUUACUUUACCAUGACCAGCCUUACCACAAUCGGAUUUGGCAACAUUGCUCCUACCACUGAUGGGGAGAAGAUAUUUUCUGUGGCUAUGAUGAUGGUUGGCUCUCUGCUUUAUGCAACUAUCUUUGGAAACGUCACCACAAUCUUCCAGCAGAUGUAUGCUAACACCAAUCGCUACCAUGAAAUGGUAAACAAUGUGCGUGAUUUUCUCAAACUUUACCAAGUUCCCAAAGGACUCAGUGAGCGAGUUAUGGAUUAUAUUGUGUCAACAUGGUCUAUGUCUAAAGGGAUCGACACAGAGAAGGUCCUUGCCAUAUGUCCGAAAGACAUGCGAGCUGACAUCUGUGUCCAUCUGAACCGAAAGGUGUUUAAUGAACAUCCAGCAUUUCGGCUUGCUAGUGAUGGCUGCCUUCGAGCACUGGCUGUGGAGUUCCAAACAAUACAUUGCGCUCCAGGAGACCUAAUCUAUCACGCUGGAGAAAGUGUCGAUGCCCUCUGCUUUGUAGUUUCUGGGUCACUGGAGGUUAUUCAGGAUGACGAAGUUGUCGCUAUUCUAGGGAAAGGGGACGUGUUUGGGGAUAUAUUCUGGAAGGAAACCACGCUUGCCCAUGCAUGUGCCAAUGUGAGGGCGUUGACUUAUUGUGACUUGCAUAUAAUCCAUCGUGAAGCCUUGCUGAAGGUUCUAGAAUUCUAUACGCCAUUUGCAAAUUCUUUUUCACGAAACCUCAUAUUGACUUGCAAUCUGAGGAAGAGGGGUAAUGCUCAAAGUUCAGACGAUGGUUAA